CAAAAUUCACCCGAGGGUCCAAGGGUCAUCGUUCCCCAGGCAUUCCCACGCCCUUCGGCUCCCUAUCUGCCCACAAAGCCCCGAUGAUGACAGUGGCUUGCGGCAUGCAUGACAAGACCGACAAGACUGACAAGAAAAACCAAGAUGUGCUCACCUCGUCUUAACCGGAACAAGCCAGGGCACUGCGCCCAGAUCGCGCACCUGCGCCAGAUGGUUGGGCCGUUGAAAGCAAGCCCUGUCGCAACAAGCAAAACAAACAAGGCUUAUGGCUCCCUGAGCGCGCAUGGCCAAGGUCGGCUUCUCCCAAACAGGUUAGACACGCGACAGGGUCUAGGAGCGCCAUCUGCGUCGUUCUCCGAUUUCUUCUUCUUCUUCUCCCCGGCGAAAUACCUCAGCUUUCCCCAAUUUCUCCAAUCACUGGCAACUCCCAACAAGGUUCAGCCAGUCCCGAAUAAAAUCUGCUGGCCUGCUUCUCCACACCCCCCGACGAUCAUUUGGGAAACUUUGGCCGCGCGCAUGGGGAGAUGUCUCGUUUACGGUUCCUUCCUUUAUUUCUCCGUCACAGAAUAUGGGGAUGAGACUCCUUCUCCAUGGUCAUUCCCCAGCGUGGGGAUCGUGGGUGAAAGAUCACCAAUCAUCCGUCGUCACACAUGGACCAGGAUGUAGCGCUAAUUACGGCCCUCCUCAUCUAUGUCGUGUUGUGGUGGGAUGCAGAUGACGGUGCACAGUGGCUUGAUGAUGCCUAAGAGGGAGCGGCUCUUUUUAAACCCCCUGCAACCCAUCCUGGCCUUUUUCCUGAUCUUUUCCUUUUUUUCGUUCUCUUCUAACCCUGCCAAUCGUGAAUGUCGCGAAGACUCAACUGGACACAAGUCUUCUCCGCGGCCGGAUGUCUUAAUCUGUCCCUUCCUCUUUAUACGGACUAGCUACCUCUUGAGAUUGAAGAAGAGACACUUCCACGAUGAGUCAGGCUCGUUCAUACCUCGGGCUUCGAGGUACAAACCUCAAUAUUGCUAUCGGUUUCAUUGCCGGUCUUGAUUUCUUGUAUGCAUUUGAGGUUCCCACCUCGACCGUGUUCAGAAUGCAAUGAAGCUUACUGGUUUUCAGGCUUUUCGGCUAUGAUCAGGGUGUUCUGGGGAGUCUUUUAACAUUGAGAUCAUGGAUUGAGCGCUUUCCAUCCAUUGACACCACAGAUGAGAUAAACCCGGAGUACAAGGGCAACUAUCACCAUUCCGUUAUCCAAGGUAUCAUGACGGCGUCAUACAAUCUGGGUUGUUUUGUCGGUGCCAUCGUCUGCAUCUUCGUUGGAAACACUCUCGGACGUCGGAGGACUAUCUUCUUGGGCUCCGCGAUUAUGGUUGUCGGAGCUAUUAUCCAGUGCACUCCUUUCAAACUUGGCCAACUAAUCGCUGCCCGUGUCAUAACUGGUGUUGGAAACGGUCUAAAUACAUCAACCGUGCCCACGUGGCAGUCUGAGUGUUCUAAGUCCCAUCGUCGUGGUCAGCUUGUCAUGAUGGAAGGCUCCUUGAUCACUGCAGGUAUCACAAUCAGCUAUUGGAUUGAUUUCGGCAUGCACUUUGUCGACCCCAACUCGGCCUCGUGGAGAUUCCCCAUCGCCUUCCAGAUUUUCUUCGCCUUGAUCAUCCUCGGCUUCGUCAUGUUCCUCCCCGAGUCGCCGCGUUGGCUCAUUUUCAAGGGCUAUGAAGAUGAGGCUACUGAAGUCCUGUCUGCAAUCUUGGACAAGCCUGCUGACGACCCCUACGUCCGCUCAGAGUUCACUGCUAUUAAGGAUACCGUUCUGUUGACAGAGGGCGUGACCUUCCGUGAUCUGUUCACCAUGGAUGAGAAUCGUCACUUCCACCGUGUCGUGUUGGCCUAUGUAAACCAGAUGUUCCAGCAGAUUUCUGGAAUCAACCUCAUCACUUACUAUGCGGCCAAUAUUUUCCAAGAAUACCUCCACAUGAGCUCUUUCCUAUCCCGUCUACUCGCCGCUCUAAAUGGAACAGAAUAUUUCAUUGCCUCGCUCCUUCCUAUCUUCAUCAUUGAGAAGGUAGGCCGCCGUCCAUUGAUGUUGAUCGGUGCGGCUGGCAUGUGUGUUGGCAUGGUGGCCCUGGCUAUCUGUGUCCAUUUUGCUGCUGAAGAUAACACGCAUGCUGCCGCUGCUGCCGCCUUUUUCCUGUUCUUCUUCAAUACUUUCUUCGCCUGGGGUUGGCUAGGCAUGACCUGGUUGUAUCCCGCAGAAAUCGUUCCACUGCGUAUCCGUGCUCCUGCCAAUGCACUGUCGACUUCCGCGAACUGGCUAUUCAACUUCACGGUCGUCAUGAUUUCCCCUCCUGCUUUCACUCAUAUUGGGUACAAGACUUAUGUCAUCUUCGCUGUUAUCAACUUUGUGAUCUUCCCUGUCGUGUACUUCUUCUACCCCGAGACCGCAUAUCGCUCUCUUGAGGAGAUGGACACCAUUUUCCACAAGACAACGUCGAUCUUCGACCUCGUACGCGUCGCUCGCGAAGAGCCCCGUCGCUACGGCAAGAACGGAGAGCUUCUCAUCAACUACGAAGAGACGGACGAGCACAGACGGCGCUUCAGCCACGUCUCCCAGGAGAAGGCCUCGAGGGCUCACAAGGCCGUGUCCCCCGACGACCAUGUCGAGCACUCGAAGAAUUCUCAUGUGGAGCAUGCAACCGGAUCGGACUCGUCCGUAUAAUUGAAUUAUCUUGAUGAUACCGAGGAAGAUGAAGAGUCGAGCAAGCAUUAUAUUAUUUCUAAUGAGCUUGUUCUGUUAUCUUCUCUUUCUCUCUAGUUCUUCCUGGGCUAGAUGCUUUUUUGUCAUAUGUGUCAUGUUUUUCUCUAACACCGGCUUGGGAGCAUGAAAUGGUUCUUUUGCAACGCAGUAUUAUGCGACUGCUAUUAUGGAUAUUUGUUGUCGCCGUGUUUAUAUAUCAACAGCCAUAUACCCCUCCUUUUUCUAUCUAAUACAGAGUUUUCUGUCAGUAUAGACUGGUAUCUAGUA